GGAAACGAUGGCUGCCGUGGUGAACAUGGGGCCAGGGCCGCGUCUGCUGGAGGAUUUGCUGCGGGACUCAGAGUGACUGUGCGCGCCUGCAGGAGUGCGGAGGAGCCGCUGAUUUCCUGAGUUUCUCCUGCGGUCAAACCGCGCUGAAGCUGAGGAUGGUGUCUCCUCGUGGUGUGUGUUUCCUCCUCUUCCUCCUGCUGGGCAGUGUGUUCGGCAGUGUGUUCAUGCUGGGUCCGCUGCUGCCGCUGAUGCUGCUGUCUCCGUCACGCUACCGCUGGAUCACCGACCGCAUCGUGGCCACCUGGCUGACCUUACCUGUGGCGCUGCUGGAGCUGGUGUUGGGGGUGAAGGUGGUCGUCACGGGCGACGGGUUUAUCCCGGGCGAGCGCAGCGUCAUCAUCAUGAACCACCGCACACGCCUGGACUGGAUGUUCCUGUGGUGCUGCUUACUGCGCUACAGCUACCUGCGGCAGGAGAAGAUCUGCCUGAAGGCGGCGCUCAAGAGUGUCCCGGGCUUCGGCUGGGCGAUGCAGGUCGCCUCCUUCAUCUUCAUCCAGCGGCGCUGGGAGGACGACCGCACACACAUGAGCAACAUGCUGCAGUAUUUCUGCCGCAUCAGAGAGCCGGUGCAGCUGCUGCUGUUCCCUGAGGGCACCGACCUCACCGAGAACACUCGCGCCAGGAGUGACGAGUUUGCGGAGAAGAACGGGCUUCAGAAGUACGAGUAUGUGCUGCACCCGCGCACCACCGGCUUCACCUUCAUCGUGGACACACUGCGCGGAGGGGAUAAUCUGGAUGCGGUUCAUGACAUCACAGUGGCGUAUCCUCAGAAUAUCCCGCAGACGGAGCGCCACCUGCUGGCGGGUGUGUUCCCGCGCGAGAUACACUUCCACGUGCAGCGCUUCACGGUGGCGUCUGUGCCCGCGGGCGCCGCCGGUCUGCAGGCGUGGUGUCAGGAGCGCUGGCGGGAGAAGGAGCGGCGGCUGCAGCGCUUCUAUGAGACGGUCCCGCGCCGCUUCGAUGCGCCCGCUGUGGGUGUGUGUGUGCGUGAGCCGUGCUGUCAGAGCGGGCAGUGUGUGUGUGUGCCGCGCUGUAAGAGCGAGGGGCGUGUGCGCAUCAUCCUGGUGGCGUCGCUGCUCUACUGGAGCGUCUUCAUCACCGCCGCCUGCGCCAGCCUCUGCCUCUGCCCCCCCGCACAAUUCUACUUCCUGUUCAUGGUCGUCUUCUUCCUGUGUCAGCAGCGGUUCACCGGCGGCCUGGAGCUGAUGGAGCUGGCCUGCCACCGAUACUGGAGCCGCCGCAGCGCCGACAAGCAGGAGUGAAGAGUGUGUGUGUGUGUGUGUGUGUGUGUGUGUGUGUGUGUGUUUGCAUGACAGUGUAUAGGUUAUUGAAUGUGUGUAUAACUGAUGCAUAAGUGUGUGUGUGUAUAAAUGAUGAAUGAGUGUAGUGUGUGUGUGUGUGUGUGUGUGUGUGUGUGUGUGUGUAGAGCUGCUGCUCCUCCUGCUGGCUGAGAGGCUGAAGUGCAGCACAACAGACACUCAUAUAAACAGAACAGCAGCUCUUCAUCCUCCACUCUUCAUCCUCGCGGUGACCUUUGACUGUCAGCUGUAGAGGACAGCGGUGGACACUGAUGUGACACACACACACACACACACACACAUUUACUUGAUCAACACUUGCUCUUUAAAGCUGCAGAUAAUGAAGAGCUCAGAGGAGGUGUGUGUGUGUGUGUGUGCGUGUGCGUGCGUGUGUGUGUGUGUGUGUGUGUUUGGACUCCUCUGAGCUGAGUACUGUUCUCUGCAGCGCACCCCAGCGCUUCACUCCUCCUCCUCCUCCUCCUCCUCCUCCUCUGUGUGUGUGUGCGUGUGUGUUUGUGUGUGUGUGUGUGUGUGUGUGUUUGUGUGUGUGUGUUUGUGUGUGUGUGUGUGUGUGUGUGUGUGUGUGUGUGCUGUGGUGGUGUGUCGGCUGGUGUGUGUAGUCCUGCAGUAUACUCGGGUGUUUUAGACGAUCCUCUUUUAUUAUGGGCUGUGUCUGUCUGUUAUUAUUAGUGUUUUAGUUGAGGAUCACAGCCAUAGCGGACGCGCACACUGCUCAUGGAGAACAGUGUGGGGAAGACAUGCACAUCAUGUAGAGUGUGUGUGUGUGUGUGUGUGUGUGUUUGUUUAUUUGUAUGUAUGUGUGUGUGUGCAAUGUGACAAUCCUCAUGUAAAUGAAUCAGGGCAGUCGCUGGCUCAACAUUACACUGCAUUAUGGGAGGAUUAGAGUGUGUUCUGACCUUUGACCUCUUGUCUUUCCUCACUGAUGCCCAUUAUUGUUUUAAGUAACACACAGAUGGAGAACACACACACACACACACACACACACACACCUGUAUCAGUCAUCAGCACAUGUAACACCAGUACACAGUGUUCUGCACUGAGAGUGUUUAUUCUGUGUGUGUUGUGUUGAUGAGUGAUUGCAGUGUGUGUGUGUGUGUGUGUGUUUCUGUUUUCCUCCUAUGUGUGUGUGUUGUUCAGCUGUGGUGUUCUGACCUCUCUGGGUCGCAGUGGGCUGGUUUAUACUGUGUGUUGAAGAGGAAGAUGGAGAAGCACAGAAACACCUUCAUCAUCAGGAGAUCAGCCUCUGAUCAGUCAAUCAAUAAUCAAUACUCUCUCUCCACACCUCUGCUGUGUCCUCUGCAGUCUGUGUGUGUCCGUCUGUCCUCAUCUGGCCGCAUUUGUCAUCUUGAGUAUGUAUUUUUCUGAUGUAUAGUAUGAUGAAUGAGUCCAGAAUAAACAGGCCUGGCGUUA